UUCUAACCAAAACAAUUGAGUACCUGCAGGAUCAGACGUGUUUGUGCUGAUAAACUAUUGCGUAGUGAAAGCAGAACUUAAUAUAAAAGAACAAUAACUGGUCUGACACAACGUAAUUCUUUGUUUUCACCGAUUGAAGAGGGAAACAAUCGACAUGACACUCCCAGGACUCUCAAAAGGCGUGUUGCUGGACAUUUACAAUGGAAAAGACGUCGAGAAGCCAGUGUUUCAAGUGCUGGGGCUUAAGAAACUGGGAAAUGGGGAACGAUAUCGGGUUUUACUUUCUGAUAGCGUGUACAUCAGCUCGUUCACGAUGUUGGCGACUCAACUGAAUCACAUCAUCGAAGAGGGGACAGUGGCUGAUUUUUCUAUUAUCGAGGUCGGACGUUAUGCCCUCAGUCAUGCGAACAAUGGGGGGAAGCCCAGACGCAUCAUGAUUAUUCUUGAAGUCACUCAGAAGGCAGCAGGAGCUGACGUUGGUGGUAAAAUUGGAAAUCCUGUACCUGUGGAGAAACAUCUUUCCUCUGAGAAUACGUCUGAAGAGUCUACACUCUUCUCAGGGAUAAAAAACAGUUCCAGUGGAGCAAAAAGACCAGCGCAGGCUUCAAGCUCCAGUGUUCCUGAGAAGAGAUCGUUGAACACUACAAUUAAUUCUGGGAUUAACAUUGCUACUACACCCAUAGGGGCAUUAAGUCCCUAUCAAAACAGGUGGGUUAUAAAGGCUAGAGUCAGCAGCAAGUCUGCCAUCAGAACCUGGAGCAAUUCUCGCGGGGAGGGAAAGCUCUUCAACAUGGACCUACUUGACGAGAGUGGAGACAUCAGGUGCACAGCAUUCAGAGAGGCUGUCGACAAGUUCUAUGAUAUGAUUGAGGUUGGAAAAGUAUAUUAUAUAUCUCGUUGUUCACUAAAGCCAGCCAAUAAAGCAUUCAACAACCUCAGCAACGAUUACGAGAUGAGCAUGACAAACGACACUGAAAUCAUUCCCUGCGACGAAAGUUCAGAUGAAAUUCCAAUGAUCAAUUUUGAUUUUCACGCAAUUCAGGACAUCGAGAAAUGUGAGAAGGGCCAAUUGGUUGAUGUCCUUGGUAUUGUCAAGCAAGUCGACGAAGUUCAGAGCCUCACAAAACGCUCUGAUGGCACGGAACUGCGUAAAAGGGAUAUUCACGUGAUAGACAUGAGCAAUACGAUGAUCACUUUCACUCUUUGGGGGACUCAGGCUGAAAAUUUCGAGGCGUCAAAUAACCCAGUGAUUGCUGUCAAAGGGGCGAGAAUUGGAGAAUUCAAUGGUGGAAAGUCAUUGUCGACCAUUUCAUCGUCUGUCAUUCAAAUUGAUCCAGAUCUACCCGAGGCUCACAGACUUCGAGGAUGGUGGACGACAACUGGUCACAGUGCAGAGGCAAAGUCAAUAUCGAAGAGUGUCGGUGGUGCCAUGACUGGUUCAUGGAUGACCAUCGGCGAGGCGUUGGCCAUGGGGAAGACAAUCAGCAUGGACAGCAGUGAGGUUUAUCUCUGUAAAGCUGCUGUCACAUUCAUUCGUGCAGAGAACGCUAUCUACAAAGCAUGCCCCACAGCUUCAUGCAACAAAAAGGUUGUUGAUAACGAUGGAUCCUUCAGAUGUGAGAAAUGCGCCAGAGAUUUUCCAAACUUCAAAUAUCGCUUAUUGGCACAGAUAAACAUUUCCGACUGCACUGGCAGCAUCUGGGCCACUGCAUUCAGCACUGAAGCUGAAACAAUGCUCGGCAUGACAGCUCAGGAGCUCGGAGAACUGGCUGAUCAAGAUCGUGAUAAUUAUCUCACCAAAUGUGCCUCCAUUGCAUUCAGCCCUUACAUUUUCAAGAUAAGAAUGAAGCUGGAGAACUAUUUGGAUGACGUAAAACUGCGAAACGUUGUUGGAUCAAUUGCCCCAGUCAAUUACAAGGAAUACAACUCUCAGCUGCUGAAGCAACUGCAGAAAGACUGUAACAUCGCUCGUAUUUCAUCAGGAAGCAACGCGUAAUCGACACCCCCAGUGCAUCAAUUACCGAGAUGUUUAACAAUUACUUAUUUUUUCAUGUUUAAUUUGCAUAUUUUUUUCAUUUUUCGUAUUAUGUAGAUGGCAAGUCGAGCAAGAAAAUUCUAAAAUAUACUAGAAAAAAGAAUGAAA